CGUGUGUGUAAGGGCAGCGGGUCGUUGAUAUACUCGUGUGUGCGGAGAGAUUUAAGAAAAUGUGUAUAUAAUUUAUUCUUUUGUGACCAUAAGGCAACUUACAAAAAACUAGUUAAUUACACAAAGUUUUUAUUUACUCACAACAAAUAUUAAAAUGUACGAACUCAAAUAUUUGGUCGUACUCCACGAACGAACCACCAUUUGGUAGUCAAACGAUCUGAGAAUCGCUUUCGUCAACAGUCUUACGAAGACACUUAGCUUGCUUCUGUGACCAACGUUAUAUCGUAUUAUUUCUUAUAACACAGUUUUUUUCAUUAAUAAUUGAAGGAGUGAGAAAAAGAGGGAAGUUUUGAAUAAUUCUUGCUCACAACUAGUUGUUAAAUUAUUUCUGAAUACGGCGAGCACAUCGUUGCUGUAGGUCCUGUGGGGUUUACAUAUUCAAUAUUUGUAGAUUUGAUUCUACAGUGUUGUAUCAUUACCUCGCUUCCUUUCUUAUUAAAAAACAAAAUGAUAUUCCUUACUUAUAUCAUCUUCAGCAUUAUCCUUAUACUUCUUAUUUACAUUUUUCGUAAAAAUCGCAAAACGCUCCGACUUCCCCCGGGACCGACCGGCAUCCCAUUGCUCGGUUAUUUACCAUGGUUAGAUCCCAAACGGCCACACGAAUCACUGACAAAUCUGGCGAAGCAAUACGGUCCGAUUUGUGGCCUUAAAAUGGGGUCCAUUUAUACCGUUUUAUUAUCAGACCCUCAGCUGGUAAGGCAGGCUUUUGCCAAGGAUGCAUUUGCCGGCAGGGCUCCACUCUAUUUAACGCAUGGCAUAAUGCAGGGAUAUGGCCUUAUUAGCGCCGAGGGUGACCUCUGGAGAGAUCAAAGAAGGUUUGUAACUGGAUGCUUGAAGAAUUUCGGCAUGGUAAAGUUACCUGGUGCCAAAAGGGACAAGAUGGAGAAGAGAAUUCUCGCGAUCGUGGACGAGUGCAUAUCGAAAUUAAAGGAACGUGCUACAGAGGAUAUCGAUCCAUUGGAUACGAUGCAUCAUUGCAUAGGUAAUAUAAUAAAUAACCUCGUGUUUGGCAAGAUGUACGAUGAAAAUGACGAGGUGUGGAAAUGGCUGAGACACUUGCAAGAAGAAGGAGUUAAGCACAUUGGAGUAGCAGGGCCGCUCAAUUUUUUUCCAUUUCUCAGAUUUAUACCACGAUAUGGCAAAUUAAUGGAGUCGCUUAUCGGUGGUAAAAUAAAAACGCAUAAAAUAUAUCAAAUGAUAAUCGACGAACAUCGUGCUCGACCUGAGAAAACAGAUACCUUUCUUGCAGCUUUUGACAAUGUAAUGAGUACUAACGCUAACAAUUCUGGAUCUUUCACACAAUUACAAUUUUAUCACUUGUUAGCCGAUCUUUUCGGCGCAGGUACCGAUACUACUCUGACGACAUUUCGUUGGUUUCUGCUUUUUAUGGCGGUAUAUCCAGACGAACAAAAAAAAAUUAAAGAUGAAAUGUAUGAAGUAUUGGGACAAAAGUUACCUUGCUUAGAAGACAGACUUGUUUUAAUUCAACUGGAAGCAGCCAUUGCGGAGACACAAAGAAUACGAAGCAUCACACCGCUUGGCGUUCCGCAUGGUACAGUAGAGGAUACGCAAAUAGGUGAUUACGAUAUACCGAAAGGUGCCAUGAUUAUUCAUUUGCAUUGGUCUAUUCAUCUGGAUCCUUCUUAUUGGCACGAUCCGCUCGCUUUCAAGCCCGAAAGAUUUAUCAGCGAGAAUGGAAGUCUCGCCAAGCCAAAAGCUUUCAUGCCUUUCCAGACGGGUAAACGCGUGUGCGUUGGCGAUGAACUGGCAAAAAUGAUAUUAUUCUUGCUUGCUGCAAGAAUACUUUAUUCAUUUGAUAUUUCUGUACCUCCUAAUACGCAAAUCGAUCUGGAAGGCGAAUGCGGAAUUACCCUGAUUCCGAAGUCGUAUCGAUUGGUUUUCACACCGCGGAAAUAAAAUUUAUUGCAAUAGUAUUCUGCAAUAAUGUUAUUCUAUCUUUUUUAAUUUUUCUUCUUUUUAUUAGUUCUUAAAU